AUGCGAAUGUGGGAAGGUAGCGAAGACGAUGGCGGUGGUCGUGGUGGUGAACGAGGCUUCUGCUGGAGGAGGUGGUCGUGGUGGUGGUUGGUGGUGGUAGAGCGAUGGAGAGAGGGUCAGAUGGAAGAAUCCGAGGGGUUCAUGGGAGAUGGUUGGGUGUGCGCGUGUGCGAAUAUGCGAGCCGAAGAGGAGAAUGAGGAAGAGAACGAGGGAGAGAGGGAGAGGGGUGAGGAGGAGGAGGAUGUGGUGGAUGUGGUGGUGGUGAUGGUGGCGGCGGUAGCGGUAGCGGUAGUAGUAGUGGUAGUGGUAGUGGUACGGAGUGUCGAGUAG